CCUGGUUUGAAUAAACCCCCCUCCCCACCUCCUGCAAACUGUGGAUUUUACCAAGCUGUUGUACCGUCGCACUGCACCACCUGAUGAAGGGGAAGCUUCCCUGAGUUACUGGCUGACUGACAGCAGGACACAAGGAGGGUUAUGAUUGGACACUGCUUCAGCCAACUUUGGUCUUCUGGGAGUCUGACAUUGAGCUGUGAGAGAGAGGGGGGAUCUUUCCACUUGUAUCCAGGAGAAACAUGUGAUUCUAAGCUGUCUGGGGAGUUUAAGGCGAAACCUGUCCGCCUCUAGAUUUAGACCGACACUCUAUUAGGGCAGUCGGAUUGUUGCAGAACUACAACUAUUUGAUUCCACAGGUAUCUGGCUGGCCUAGAUCAUCACUCUGGACUUUUCCUGCCAACCGCUGGGAGAAAUUCACGCUACAGUAUAUUAUACCACAUAAUACCACAUGGCAGAGGAUUGCUGCAUCACAUGAGACGCGGGCUCAAUGAGCAGGAUAAACCGUGGGAGGAUGACAGGGGAAGGCGUCGAGGCGUGCAGCUCGUGCUCUGAUUGAGUAUUUAACAAGCUGUCAGUGUAUUGGUUGGAUCUCCCAGUAAUCUGUGGCUGUAUUGGCUGACUACACACUCUGUCACCCACGACCAAUCUGGGCACCGUGCUGCCUCGGCAGAACAAGACACCGAGCUCGCCGUUACUACGAGUGCUAUCGACAGUGUCACCAUUAAUACUACUUCCGCUAGGAGCACCGUGACGGAUAGGAUUCCUGACCAUUUCUGCUGUGGGGAAGACUUGUGUUGCGAUCCUUACUUCUCUCCAUCUGCACUGCAAUAACAUUACCACAGUAGAGGAGAGGCAUCAUUAAUUCAUGAGCUCAGAUAGAUUUGAGGCCUAAGUGUAGAUAGAGCUCCUGGAUAUCACCAGCACCUGCAGCUGACAGCAGAUUUAUUCAUUCGUGGAUGACGGGAAAGAGAGAAUGAAACCUGCAGCCGGCGACGGUGCUUGUUUUCUCACUUCAGCGUGUAGCAGUCAUCUUAACAUUCAUAACAUAUUGAAUAAAGAAGUGAAAUGAGAUCCCAGCUGAUUCAAUCACUCCCAGAAAUCCUGCAGCAGAUACGGAUUCCGACUUUCACACUUUGUUCCCAGGCAUGCUGUGUCCGUGGAGCAGCUGGAGAAUAGCUAAUGGGCUGAAUACCACUGGACUGCACUACAUUUUUUCUCUCACCCACACUCAUCAUCCUGCCUGACACGUUGCCUUAUACCUGGUAACAGCUCACCUGCCAGGAGCCUGGUGAUAAAUCAGACGCGCAUGGCGUUGACUGGAAUUUAUUUUCCACCCUCCUGAGUCCUUGUGUCCUUGACUGCGACCACGGGUCUUCUUGGACUGAGAAGUACAGACUUAAAGCAGCCAGCUGUCUGAAUGUAGACGCACAACCGAUACACAACAAGGGUCCUUAGAGAGAGCAGGAGCACAACCGGUCACUGCACCAAUCACAAGUUAGGUCAGGUGAAGGAAAGAGGAAGGACGAGGGGAGCUGUGGCACCAUUAAAUACCCGAGCUGGUUUCCUCUUGUGACAGCUCAUACCAUCUGUCUUUCUUUUCACCUCACUGUAUUUAGGAUGGUGCCAUAGAAAAUUGAGCUAAACCUGCUCUUCCUCACAUCACUGUCAGAUUAAUGAGGGAGCUGCCAGUCACUUGCCAGCCCGUCUGAACAUAUUCCCUCUAUUUUUGAUGCAUGAAAUUUCGGUCUUGAGCGACCGUAAUCACUAUAACUUUUUGUACACUGUUCUUUAAUUGUCCAAAAAAAAAAAAACAACCAUGGGGAACUCUAUCGGUUGUGUUAGGCCUCCACGGGAGAAUGAGCUCGGUGGAGUCCCCCCACUUUCACCAAAGAAGCGUCUGCGUUUCAGGCGUAAGCACAAGGACAAGAAGAACAGGAAGGGAGAUGUAGAACAGGAAGACUACGAGCGACAAGGAUGCCAUGAGCCCGAUGACAGAGAGGAGGAAGACGACUAUGAGGAUGAAAAAGCUGCAAUUAUUAAAACAUUAGACUCAGAUUUUAGCAGCACUGCUAGGACUUUAAUACCAAUGCCUGAUACCCAGUUAACUCAUUCCAAAAUCAAUCCACAAAGCAAUACUCUAUCCCCCGGCGUAGGUGGCCUUUUGGGCAGCCGAAUACUUGAAGUGUCCCCCAAGGUCAGCCCAGCUUGGAGAGGAGUCUUCUGCCUCCCGGGGGAGGAAGAUACCGUCAGCGCAAUCAUAGAUGUGUCCAGCAUCCCGAGCCAAACCACCACGACCACCCCGGUCAACACCGCCCCAGCCCUGGGCAGCACCACUCCAGGCGGAGGGAGGGUCUGUCGCGUGAGGGAGAAAGUCCAAGGUGUGCUCGAGAAACCUUGGAUCCUCCGGCAGAAGAAGGAGAAGAAAGACAAGAGGAGGGCGGUGAAAAAUGAAAAGGAGCUUGGAGGAGAGGAUGGGGCGAUAGAGGGAACAUCGAGGAUGGGACAGGCACCUCCGAGCAAGGAGAGCAAAGGUGUGGUCCAUAUCCGAGAGGUGGAUGGUAAACUUUGUGUAGUGAAGACGGUGUACCCCAGCGACUAUGGCUCUCCAGUGUGGAGGGGUGAAACUGACGGUGAGGUGGAGGUACGCAAGGAGCCGCCUGCACCAUCUCCUGUCGCAGGAAACAUUCUUAAAGUUCAACUGUCUGAGGAGGAGAAAAGUAAUGCCAAAAUAUCUGCAGGGGACCUCCCCAUGUCCUCGAACCAACUGUAUAGUCAGGAGACAAUGGCUGUCAAGGGAUUUCAUUUGGACUCUCCAGCUUGCGCCCAGGAGAGGUUAUCUCUCUUGGAGUCGGGAUACUCCAGCGACCUGCCGCUAACCUCUCCAGAAACCGCCGGCACGACUCCCAGUCAGACGGAUUGGGGGGGCAUGACCAGCAGCUCUUCAGAGAGACUGGACUCCAUGGUGGAGAGUCCUCUGUCGCUGCAGCAACAGGUGGCAGUUAAACACCUGCCUCAGAUUUCAGAGAUCUAUGUAUGCGGCGAGUCGAGCGACCUCACGGCCAAAGAGAAGCUGCUAUUAUGGAGCCAGCAGGCGGUAGAAGGCUACCCCGGCCUCCGCUGCAGCAACUUCACCUCGUCCUGGAGCGACGGACGAAUGUUCAACGCUCUGCUGCACAGAUACAGGCCAGACCUGAUCAACAUGGAAGUGGUGUCGCGGCAGGGCAACCGUGAGAACCUUGAGCAGGCCUUCGAGAUCGCAGAGUCGUUAGGGGUGACGAGGCUGCUGGACGCUGAGGAUGUGGACGUUCCAUCUCCAGACGAGAAGUCAGUCAUCACUUAUGUCUCCUCCAUCUAUGAUGCCUUUCCUAAAAUCCCUGAAGGGGGAGAAGGCAUCGCCGCACAAGAGGUGGACCAGCGCUGGGCAGAGUACCAGUCCAGGUUCUCGUCUCUGCUCCAGUGGAGCCGCCAGCAUACGGCCCUCAUGGCCAACAAGAACUUCCCACAAAACCCUGUCGAACUCAAGGCACUUUACAACGAGUACGUCCAUUUCAAAGAGACGGAGAUCCCUGCGAAGGAGAUGGAGAAAGGUCAAAUCGAACACCUCUACAAACUGCUGGAGGUGUGGAUAGAGUUCGGUCGUAUUAAGCUUCCUCAGGGCCUCCACCCCAACGACCUGGAGGAGGAAUGGGGUAAACUCAUACUGGAGAUGCUGGAGAGAGAGAAGGCUCUACGUCCAGCUGUGGAGAGGCUAGAGCUGCUGCUCCAGAGAGCAAAUAAAAUCCAGAACAUGGCUCUGGAUUGUGAGGAGAAACUAACUCUUGCCAAGAACACACUCCAGGCCGACAUGUCCCGAGUGGAGAGCGGCGAGGCGGUGCAGUGUGAGAAGGAGCUGGCCUGCUACCUGCAGGACUGCGAGUCUCUGAUCAGACAACUCAACCAGGAGCUCAGAGUCCUCCGAGACGAGAAGUACUACCAGGUGGAGCAGCUGGCGUUCAGAGUGUCCUGCCUUCAAGAGGAGCUGGUCUCCCUCAGAUUACAGUGCUCCAGCGUCUACAGGAAAGGACACUUCUCUCAGGUUGGGACGGAGCACGCCAUCCAGACGGCCAUAGACGGCGGCGUUGGCUAUGUCGGCAGCGGCCUCUCUCUGGGCCAGACGCUGCUGGGAGCCGUGGGUGCCGUGGGAGCCGUGGGAGCCGCCGUGCUGAGGCAGCCCAUGGCUCGGUCCCAGCUGGUGGCCAUGUCUUCAUCAGAGGACGAAGGAAGCCUGAGGUUCAUCUACGAGCUGCUGGGAUGGGUGGAGGAGACGCAGGAUCUGCUGGAGCGCGCUGAGUGGGGCGCAGACCUCCCGUCCGUGGAGAACAACCUCCAAGAACACAACUCCAUACACAGCGCUGUUGAAGAGCUGAUGAGCAGCCUGCAGGAGGCACGAAGCUACGAGGCUAAAGUCACUCCCAACUUUAAGAGCAGCUACUCCGACACGCUGGCCAAGCUGGAGCACCAGUACUGCAAACUACUGGAACAUUCGUCAUGGCGCCUGCGGAGCUUGGAGAGCCUGCACGCCUUCGUGUCGCACUGCACCGAGGAGCUGAUCUGGCUCAACGAGAGGGAGGAGGAGGAGAUCGCCUUCGACUGGAGCGACAGCAACACCAACAUGAACGCCAAGAGAGAGCUGUACAGCGAAAUGAGGUUAGAGCUGGAUGAAAAACGCGAUGUGAUGCGGUCGCUCCAGGACACAGCCAGUCGCCUGUGUCAGGAGAACCAUCCAGCCAAGCAGACGGUGGAGGCGUACAGUGCAGCGCUGCAGACCCAGUGGCAGUGGGUGGACCAGCUGUGUUUGUGCGUAGAGCAACAUCUCAGAGACAACACGGCGUACUUCCAGUUCAUGAGUGAUGCUCGGGACUGUGAGUCGUACCUCCGCCAGCUCCAGGAAACCAUCAAGAGACAGUACACAUGUGACAAGAACAGCAGGCUGAGCAAACUGGAAGACCUGCUGCAGGACUCAAUGGAGGAGAAGGAGCAGCUGAUUGAGUACCGGAGUACGGUGGCUAGCCUCGUGGGACGGGCCAAGACGGUGGUGCAGCUCCGCCCCCGCAGUGCAGAGACCACCCUGGGGGCCACAACGCCCAUCAGAGCCAUCUGUGACUACAAGCAGAUCGAGACAAACGUUCAGAUCACGAUAAGCCGAGGGGAGGAGUGCGUUCUGGAGGACAACUCUCAGAGGACCAAGUGGAAGGUGAUCAGUCCGACGGGGAACGAGGCCAUGGUGCCUUCGGUGUGUUUCACCGUCCCACCUCCCAACCAGGAGGCCAUCGACACAGCCAGCAGGACAGAGCAACUGUACCAGAAGGUCAUGUCUCUGUGGCAUCAGCUCCACGUCAACAUGAAAAGCGUGGUGUCCUGGCACUACCUGGGCAAAGACAUCGCCACCGUCUCUGGCUGGAACCUGGACGCGGUCCGUCGUCAGUCUCCGUCGGAGCGGCAGCACGUCCUGGAUCACCUGGAGUCCCAGCUGGCCGACUUUCUGUCCGACAGCAAAGAGAGUUCUCUGUUCACGCCGGCCGAGCGCCAAGAGCUGGAGCAGCAGGUUCAGGAGGCUCAGCAGCACUGUCAGGACCUGCUGCUCAACAUGGAGACCGCGGAGAAGGACGAGUCCGUAUCCAGGUCGUACCUGUCGGAGCUGCAGAACAUCACCCUCCAUCUGAAAGAGGCCGAGAACAGACUGAUGAGGGCAAUCGAGACUCCGCCCCCCAGCCGGCUGUCGGGAGACUCUUCCAACACAGCGGUCCAGAUCGCAGAGCAAGAGAAGCUGCAGUCAGAGCUGGACGCCCUUCGCUCCAGUUUGGGAGACGUGUCUCGUCGCUGCGUCAGUUUCUUCGAGGAGAAGCCCACGUCCUCCAGCGUCCCCGUCCUCCGCUCUGAACUCAGCGAAGCCGUGGAGAAGGUUGAUAAACUGCACAACCUGUCUUCUGUCUACCUCGAAAAAUUAAAAACAGUUGAUCUCCUGAUGAGGAGCUUGGACGAAGCUGAGAGCCAAGUCAGGAAGUACGAGAGCAGACUGAGUGAAGAAGACAUCGUCCCUGCCGACACGGCGGCCAUUCAGAGCCUCAGAGAUCAGCUUGGGAAGUGGCAGGCUGAGCUCCCCGAUCAAGAGGGCGUCUUCCAGUCUCUGCAGUCUCAGGUGGCUCGGGCCAAAGAGGCCGGGUCUCAGCUCAGCCGGCUCCACUCGGACCGAAGCCCUGAGCUGGAGCGCUACCAGGAGAAGGCUAAUGAGAUGGCAGAGAGGUGGAGCGGAAUCAAGAGACAGAUGGAGACACGACGAGCCGAUCUGGAAGCUCUGGGCUCGGCCCUGCAGCAGUACAGAGACGGACACUCUUAUUUGAUCAAGUGGAUCGAAGAGACGACGGAGAGACAAGAAAACACACAACCUGGACAGAGUGACAGCAAAGCACUGUCAGAACAGCUGGCCCAGCAGACGGCAUUAGUAGUGGAGAUUGAAAAGAACCAGACCAAACUAGACGAGUGCCAGACUCACUCCAAACAGUACUGCACCUCGGUGAAGGAUUAUGAGCUACAGCUGAUGACGUACAGAGCCUUCGUGGAGUCGACGCACAAGUCUCCAGUCAAGAGGAGGAGGAUGCACUCAUCCUCUGACGCCAUCACUCAGGAGUUCAUGGACUUACGCACACGAUACACAGCCCUGGUCACUUUAACAACCCAGCAUGUGAAGUACAUCAGCGACGCACUGAGACGACUGGAGGAGGAAGAGAAAGAGGUGGAGGAGGAGAAGCAGGCCAGGGUGGGCCAGGUUUCAGACCUGCUGGGUUGGGUCAAAGGCCUCCAGGGAAGGACUGGGGGUCCAAACGCCGAGUCUUCACUUGCUGCACAACAGGCCAUCACUGAACAGCUCGCAGCCAAGAAAGAGCAGGUUUCUGAGGCCAUAAGGAGCACACAGGUCUUCCUCAUGUCUAAACAGGCGAGCAAGUUGUCCCCAGAGGAGCGCGCUCAAGUGGAGGCUCAGCUGAACGAGCUGACGGCCACAUACACCCAGCUGUGUCACACCUCCACUAAGCAGCUGCAACAGCUGGAGCAACAGCUGGCCAAAGAGGAGGAGCGAAAGAACCAAAUUGCCAUUGCUGGAGUGAUCGACCUGGGAACAGUGGAAACAUUCCCUGUGUUCCAAGCAGCCCAACGUGGUCUUAUUGAUCAGGACACCUGCCAUGUACUCCUGGAGGCCCAGCUCAUUAUGGGUGGGCUCCUUCUACCUGGAUCCAAUGUAAUUUAUUCACUGGACCAGGGUCUAACUCAAGGCCUCAUUGAUACCUAUGCCCGACAGUCCCUUUCUGAGCUAGAGACUGCCUUAUAUUUGAUGGAAAAGUCUGUGGAUGAGCAUCAACAAAACAUGUUGCCCGCAGCUACAGCCAUGGAGUCUGGACUGAUCAGAGAGGACGUGGGACUUCGUAUUCUCGAGCUCCAGAUCAACACUGGAGGCCUGAGAGAUGCAACUGGAGAAAUAAUGAGUUUGGAGCAAGCAGUAGACAUGAGACUUUUGUCUCCCAGAGACUUCUCCAAACUACAGUCUAGACUACAGCACAAAGAGCUAAUCGAUCCAAACACAGCAGAAAAAAUAAGUCUUCAUGAGCUCCAGCAACGCUGCGUUCCCGAUGAUGACUCAGGUCUCCUCCUCUUUCCUGUCAAACAGCAGCCUGGAGGAACUGUUUGCCUCCGUUCUGGAAGAAAAGUCGGAAUCUUCCGUGCAGUUCAGGAAGGACUGAUUGAUCGCAAAGUGACAGUACGACUCCUUGAAGCUCAGCUUUUUGCCGGUGGUAUUGUUGACCCGCGGUCUGGCCACCGGUUGACGAUUGAUGAAGCUGUACGUCAUGGGCUUAUGGACCAGGAUUUAGCCUGUGCUAUGUUGGCACGGCAACUGCAAAACGGGGGUAUUCGGGAUCCUUCCACAGGAGAACGUUUGGGUUUAGAGGAGAGUAUUCGCAAGGACCUCAUCUCCCCUCGUUUGGCUCUGUUGGCCCUUGAGUCCCUGUGGGCUUUUAUGGGGCUUCUCUGGCCAGAAUCUGGAGAACUUCAGCCCAUUGCUGAGGCUGUUCAACAAGGAGUGAUCUCCGGAGAUCUAGCAAGGAACAUACUGAGGCAGCGACAUGCCAUCGGGGCUUUAUACAACCCAGAAAGCCUCCAGGUGCUGCCUCUAAACCAAGCGGCUGAAGAUGUCCUUGAGCCCAGUGUUGUCAGUUUUCUCAGAGACGUCCACAUACCUGAUGUUCUUUCCAACAUGAACCAGUCAGGGACACCAUCUCUAAACCGAAUGAGCUGGGACUCCACCAGCUCCUCUCCACCUCCAUCCUCUCCACCUGCCUUAUCGUAUCCUAAAAGUCUUGCUUUGGAAACUCCAUUGACAGAUACUGAAGAACAAGCCGAACACAAGCUGCUGUUCCAUCUCAUGACUCACAGCUACGUUGACGCUCAUUCUGGGAAACGGUUGGUGCUGCUGGACCCUGAGCUCAUGGAGUUGGUCAAAGCCACUGACCUGUUUGCUGGAGAAUCAAGUCAAGUCAAAUCCUUUCAAGAAGGAAAGGUGCAAACAGAGAGAGACUUUAUUUUGACAGAUAAUGGAGUGAGUGACAAACAAAUUAAAAUUGAAGAAUACGGCUCCACUAUCAGUGUACCAAGCAGUGACUUUGAGAUGAGUGAUACAAUCGAUCUAAAAACAGCAUAUGAUGGUGAAAAUGACGACACAUUGCCUCAGAAACCAUCAGCAACUGUGGAGGGUGAUUCAGCUGUUGUAACUCAAGAUAAAUCCAGUGUGGACAAACAUGCACAAGUGCAUGAGCCAAAGAAAAAAGUGCCCAGCCUUGAAAGUAUAAAGACUUCAGCUAAACCCCUUAAGGAGGAAUUAACAAAAGGCCCAGGCGAGAUUGUAGAAGCUGAAGUCAAACCCAGGGAUAGUUCUGGUGAGAAUGCUCGUGGUACAAUACCAACAGUAGUUAGAAAACCACACACAUCAGAGCAAGAAAUUGGCAGGGAGACAGAGAAACAACACGUCUCAGGAGAGAUAACAAAAGAAGAUGUUGCUGUAACACAAUCUGAAGAAGGGGAAGAUAUAAGACAUUCCCAAACAGAACCAGAAAAGGUCAAACUAAAUGUGCCUGUAACAGAGAUUGACUCAGAGCAUGCUAAGAGUCAGAUUGAUAUCCUUGAAUCAGCAGCAGAGAAGCAAGAGGAGGAUGCUGAAUUGGAUAGGUUAGUCAUAGAACUCAGAAAGGGAGGUCUGAUGACAGAGGAAGGGGAAAGGUUGCUGCCAGAUGAGGCAGUAGCGCAGGGUGUCCUCCCUGGCCAUGCAGCAGUUAAAUUAAUGGCUAGGGCAGGUCUGUUUGGGGGUUUCUUAGAUGCCAGCAGCGGUGAGUCACUCAGCAUGGAGAAAGUUAUGCAAGAAGGUUUACUAGAUGAAGAUCUAAUGUGGAGUGUCCUGAAGUCAGAUAAAACCCUUGCAGGGUUUGUGGAUGCAGAGAAAGGGGAGAUCUGUGGGGUGAGGGAGGCAGCUCAAGCGGGAUUGAUUGACCCCAACACUGCAGCUCGACUACUAGAAGCCCAGGUUGCAUCGGGGGGGAUUGUUGACCUACACAGGGAUAAGAAAGUCUCAGUCACUCUAGCAGCAAACCUAGGGCUGAUUGAGGAAGAUCAGAGGGAAGAACUGGUAGCACUGGAGAAAGCAUGCAAAGGAAAAGAUGCAGAUUCCUCCACAGCUUUAAAGAAAGCUAGUUUACAGCUGCAGAUGGAAGGUGUUGUGGACCCUGAAUCUAAGACUCCUGUUCCUCUGGAGCAAGCAAUUCAGAGAGGGUUGAUUAAGUCAGAGGAGGCAUAUCAGGCGCUGGCAAGGCAGGUGGCCGAAGGUGGUAUAAUACACCAUGCAUCAGGAAUGAGGCUUCCAGUCUCUGAUGCUGUCGACAGAGGACUAGUAGAUCGGUCCAUUGCCCCUGGGCUAGAGGAACUUGAGUGGGUCUACCAAGGAAAAGUCGGCCAUACAAGUCACCCAGAAGCUGUUGUUUUCCAGGCAUCAACCGGGGCUGUUUUAGACCCCGACACUGGAUAUAAACUAACACUGACAGAAGCAGUUUCUAAAGGUCUCCUAGAUGAAGACAUAGCUGGUGAAGUCAUGGCUUCUCCUGCAGCAGCGCAAGGCGUUCUUGAUCCCCAAACUGCACGGAUUGUGCCUUACUCAGAACUCGUAAACCAGGGUAAGAUAGAUAUCGAAACGGGCAAGCGCUUCUUGGAGGUGAAGCCGUUCCAAGGUGUUCCAGCUGAGCAUACAAAUGAAAAACUCACCAUUCCUGAGGCAGUGGCAUUAAAGAAAGUUGACCCUGUUCCUGCACUGAGGCUGCUGCAAAGCCAAGCAGACAGUGGUGGGAUUAUUGACAUAACUACUGGGGAAAGGCUCCCUCUACCCGAAGCUUCUAAGAGGGGCUUAGUUGGAAAUGAUAUGGUCAAGGAAAUAGCCACUAACCAGCUAUUGAAAGGAGGAUUAGUUGACCCUGCGACUGGACAAAGAGUGUCAAGUCUCAGUGAUGCCAUUGCAGUAGGGUUGAUAUCGAGUGAUAUUGCUUCAGAGAUUCAGGAGAAAGUUGCUUUUGUGGAGACAGAGGGUGAUGAAGGUAGCUCAACACCUGUUGCCUCAUCAAGUGCGUACAGCCCUGUUAUUUUAAUGUCCGUGUCCAGUCCAGACAGUCCAGCAAAUUGGUCUGACGUGAGCACUGAGGUAGCCUCAAGGUCUCCACUUUCAAUGAGACGUUUAGAAGUUGCACAGAUUGAUGAAAAGAUAUCUGUAGGUCCAGAUCAGCCACUCCUUUAUGAUUCAGGAGACGAGACUAAAGUAGAGGAACCAGAGUCAGUGGGAGAACAGUCUUUAAUUGAACCGGACCAGUCCAUGGACCUCUUGUUUCAGUUUGCAACUAAUGUUGAGAAAAGAAUUCAGCAAGCUAUAGAGGAAAUAAAACCACAGGAAGACAUCACUGAGUCAGGACAAAUUUCCCAAGAGGAGUUGGAUGAGAGACAGAAAAUAAGUGAGAGUCAAACUGAUGAUAAGGAAAGAGAAAGCGCUGGAGAUUCUGGGCGGGAACACAUCUGUCACACCGACAGUGAUUCACAGAAAGAUGUCAGGAAAGAGGGUAAAGAGGAACACGUGAAGGAUGGGGAAAAGGAGAGUAGACCCAGCGAUGAGAGCACUUUAGUGAUCCAUCCUGUCUCGGAUGGUGGGAAACUGACAGGUUCAAUGGAAGCAGAGAUUACAGAUGGUGGAGAAAGCAAAGGUAGCAUGGAGCUGUCAAAGCUGAGUGAAGAGGAAUAUAGAAAGAUUAAGCUGGCAGCACAGAGAGAUGAUGUUGUAAGUGAGAAGGCUGAGGCACGAGAGACAAGUAUUGAAGAGAUCAAAACUAGCGCUGUUGUUGAGCAGGCUGUCGAGGUGCUGACCCCUCCAUCCAAAGAGUCAGAAAAUAAGAGCAAGAAAAAGAAGAAAAAUAAAAAGAAGCCCAAAGGUAAAGAGGCAGAGAGUGAAAGUCACCCUCCACAGAUGAAACAAGUACCUCAGAUUGAACAAGCUGAUGCAGAACCUGAAGCGCAUUCAGAUGCACCACAAGACACACAUGAGAAAUCCCAGGUUCAUGGUCUGGUAGCUUCAGAAGUGACGCCCAGUGGAGAAAGAGAUGCAAAGAUUGAUGGGAAAUUAACGCCUGAGAAAGAUGCACCAAAAAUGGUGUCACUGAAAAAGACAGAAAAGGAUGAUAAGAAAGAGGAGAUGAAGAAACAGAAGCAGGAAGGAGAAUCUGAAGAAAAGGUGUCAGAACAACCACAAAAACAAGAGAGCACUCACGAGUUGAAGAAAAAGAAAGAGAAGGAUUUGCCUCAAAAAUCAACUCUACCAGACGACGAGAAAGCAGCCCUGAUCCUGAAAGCCAAGGAGAGCAUUCUUAAAAAGGUGUUUGAAAAAGGAGUGAGUGAGAAGCAGGCUGCUGAGGAGCUGGAGGCUCUACGCAAGGAGGUGGCGAAGAAGGAGAGUCAGGGCCCGGCUGUCAGAGAUGUGAAGUCAGAGACUCUGCAUGUGGACGCCGGUGGAGUGGAGGGACGUCCUGACGGAGACGACGGUGUCAAGAGAGCCAGUGGUUCACCAACAGAGAGUAAAGUACACGUGGAUGUCAAAGAAGGUGAAAUGCAACUGACCAACGAGAAAGGAAAUGUUGCUGUGGAGAAAGUUUUGGUUGAGGAGUCCAAACCUUUGGAGGUAAAAGAGAAAGAUCCGUCAGUCCCACCUAAAGAAACUCUGACUACUAAACCAAACAAGAAGAGUAAGAAGUCCAAGAGUCUAAAAGUGACAGACAAACCUGAGCCUCACAAAGAGAAGUCACUCACCGAUGAAAAAGUGGAGGUGACAAAAUCCAUCGAGGCAAAACCAAAAUCAGAUUUGACUAAAGAGCAAAAGACGGACAGACAUCCUGAGGCUCAUCCAGUGAGUGAUGCCUUCAAACCUUCAUUUGGUGAUAACGCUAACGAGGUGGAGAGGUCUGCAAUUCAACCUCAAGGAGCUGAGACUCUUCAACAGAGUCCACCACUUCAAAGUCGAACACCAGAACCCAAAGUUCAGGUUCAGGAACACGUACAAGCAGCAGAGAUUCCAUCCGUUGGGAAAGAAGAAGUCCAUGCAGACACUGAGGAAUCCACUGACUCCCAUGAAAGCAAACCAGACAUGGGUAAACCUCCAGGUCCACAGCCAGAAGCAAAAACAGCAAGGAAAGGUAAAAAGAAGAGGAGGCACCAUUCACCUGAGGCUGAAAGAACCAGUGUUCCUGAAUCCGACAUGAUUCAACAGGAAGAUCUUGAAUCUCCAGAAUCUGCUCCUCUGUGCUCAGAUGAAGCUUCAGCCGAAUCUGAAUCAUUCGGAGUUCACGAGUCAGAUACAACAACAACAACUGAGAGCUGGGGAGAAGAAGAAGACGAUGUAUCUGGCGAGAGACGAGAAGCUGUGUCAAUCAAAGAGGAGACGGCACCUACACCUGGAAAGUCAUCUUUAAAGCGCCAGGAAUGCUUGGAGCAUGACCAGCGAAUUGUCGCCCUGGUCUCCAUGGUGAGACACAUCGAGGUCCGACUGAAGCAGCAGCAGCAGCAGUCGAUCGGCCGCAGCCUCAUCGCUCUGGAUGACACCAUCAGUCAGACCGAGACUCUGGACCUUGAACUGCGUGACUUGGAGCCUGAGGUCAACAAGGAAGUGGAGGCUGCUGAGAAACUGCUGAAGCCCCAACCUAAAGAUGUUCCCCCACAGCUCCUAUUGGCCCUGGAGAAGGACGGGCGGAGCUUGGCUCGAGGGUACGAGGCGGCCAGAGCGCUUUCUGAGGGCAUUCUGCAGAGUAUGCGAGACCACAGAGACUCGUAUAAGGAUGCAGUAACAGCUGAGCUGAAGUCACUGGGGCAACAAGUGGAGAACCUGCUCUCUUGGCUGAAGGAGACGGAGACUCAGAUGGAUGGAGGGAUGGCAGGGAUGGAAAAGAUGGAGAAGGCAGAAAAAGAUGAUCAUGAUCGACUCACACAGCAGCUGAAUCUUUGCAAGGAGCUCCAGUCCUCCCUGAUGGCUCGCUCCAACGAGGUCAACAACGUGGCCUUGGACAUUCAGGUGUUCAUCUCGGAGCGGGCGCCGGACCUGGCCCCGGAGCAGAGCAGGCAGCUCCUGUCGCACCUCCAGCGGCUGCAGCGAGCUUUUCACCGAGCGUCGGGCCGAGCUCAGGCCUGGGCCGACGCCCUGUCCGCCCAGAAACAGAGGGAGGAGGAGCGGCGGCAGCUCAGGGAGAGGGUGAAGGAAGAGGAGAAGGACCGAGAGAGGCAGAGUGCAAGGGAGCGAGAGGUGGUGCAGCAGCAGAAAGUAGAGUGUUCUCAGAAACUAGAAGGCCUCAACACGUGGUUGGCUGGAGCCGCCGGUCUGCUGGCCAGUCAGAGAGGUGGAGCAGAGUCAGGUGAUGUGGACGUCCUGCAGGAGAAGCAGAAGAAGCUGAAGGAAGUACAGAAGGAGCUGCAGACUAAAGGCGAAGGCAUCGCUGAGGCCAUCCGGUCCGUGGAGGAGUUCUUAGCAGAGCGAGGGGAAAGCCUGAGCCCGGAGGAGAGGGAGAACCUCCAGGGGGCGCUAGCGAGAAUGAAGGAGCAGUACAAAAAUCUGAAAGAUUCAGCAAAUACGUCGCUGUCGGAGGUCGACUCGGCCAUCAGUGCCACCGUACAGCAGAACACACAGAGAGCAAAGGCAGUGGAGGAGCUACAGGGGACCAAAAGCCAGAUAGAGUCUCUUCUGAACGAGCUGUCCUCCCUCGACAAAGCAGACAGGAGAAGAUCUGGAGACGUCGUCGAUGCGCCGUUCUCACAGCCAGAGGGCGCUGUGAUGUCGCAUACAGAGAUGCUGCAGGCGGAGCUUCAGCAGCUCCAGUCUCAGCAGGCUCAGUUGCUGCAGAUCGCCCAGUCAACUCGCUCCCUGCUGGACCAACCGGACUCGACUGUUCCCCCUGAAGAGAAGCAGCGGCUUCGUGCUGCCCUGGACCAGCUGCAGGCCCAGCACCAGGAAAAGCUGCAGAGCUGUCAGGACCGUCUGAGAAAGUCUGAGGCUCUGAAGGACGAGCUGUCAAAAUUCCUCCAGGAGCAUGGGAGUUUGGGGACGUGGCUGGAACAAAGCGAGCAGGAGCUCCGCUCUCUGGGGGAAGGAGAAACCGAUGCACAGGGACUGAAGGGCAGACUGGACGAGCACAGAAAGCUCGCUGAGGACGUCAUUUGCCACAAGGCCGACCUGCGCUUCGUCUCCAUCUCGGGUCAGAAGGUUCUGGACUCGGUUCAAGCAGCUCUGGAACAAGUCGGCGGUUCAGACCCGGCCCUGGAGGGAACCAAGCAGCUGGUCACUGACAAGCUACAGGACGCAAACCACAGAUACACAACCCUGCACACCAAGUCAACAGAGUUGGGCGGCCGCCUCUCCGGCCUGUUGGAGAGAUACCAGCAGUACCAAGAUGAGGUCGUCUCCCUCCACUCGUGGCUCAGCGCUCAGGAACAAAACCAAAGCACAGCCAAGGCCAGCGGGGAGACGGACCCCCAGAACCUACAGGACACACUACGACAAGUACAGCUGCUUCAGGAUGAACUGGCAGAGCGCUCGGUGCAGCUGGAGAAGGUGAAGAGAGCAGGAAGAGACCUGGUCAGCACAGAGGAGUCUCCCUCUCUGAAAGCCGUCGACAUCCUCUGCUCUGCAGACGGUCUGGAGAAGAGGUUCGGAUCCCUUUCUGCGUCCGUGUCCGAACGGGCUGAGCAGCUGCAGACGGCCGUGGCCCAGUCAGUCAGCGUCCAGGAGGGACUCAAGGGUCUGCUCAGCUGGCUGGACAAACUGGUCCUGAACCCCGGACCGGUGGAGCCCACGGCACAGGCUGUACAAGACGCACUGACCCAGAACCAGAAACUUCGACAGGAGCUUCUCUCCAGGCAGGGCAGCGUGGAAGCGACACGGGACUCUGUUUCUAAACUCCUCCAGAGCUCCGAUGCCUCCACAGCAUCAGGCCUCCAGGCCAGUUUAGAUGAACUCACUCAGCGCUACGCGGCGGCACAGGCCAGCCAAGCGGAGAGGGAGGCCGACCUGAAGGGGCUGCUGCCCAGGCUGGAGAGCUACGAGCGGCUGGGGACGGACCUUCACGUCUUCACCCAGAGCCGAAUCAAAGCUCUGAGCCCCGUGGGUCAACCGGACCGCGGCGUGGACGACUACAGGCAGACCGUCGAGGAGGUCAAAUCAGAGCUGGAGCAGGAAGCCGGUCAGCUGAAGUCCUUCUGCAGCCUCGGCACCGAGCUCAGCCAAUCAAAAGCUUUCAGCAACACUCAGAGCUUAUUGGAUAAUGUCAAAGGUGUGUCGGAUGAGUUCAACCAGCUGGAGGAAAACGUCAACGAAAGGUUUGCAGCCAUCCAGGCCUGCGAGCAGCAGCUGCUCCAGUUCCGCGGUCUCUCCGGCUCCCUGGCCCGGUGGCUCCAGACCGCCCAGGACCAGCUGCCCUCCAAAGAGACCAGCCUCAACACGGAGGGUCUGCAGAGGAGGGUCCAGCAGCUCAAGGACCUGUUGAAUGACUGGGAGUCGCAGGGAUCCAGGGUUCAGGAGCUGAACAAGACCGGCUCUGAGCUGGAGUCCCUCAUCAUCGACAUCACCGCUCCUCAGACCAAAUCUGGUGCUCCUCACAUCAAUGGCUCAGCAGCUCCCAGCAGCGUCAAUGGCAUUCACACCUGUAAAGACCUGACGGAGCUGCAGGUGGCCGUGUCCGACGUGAACGGCCGAUACGACGCCCUGGGCAAGGAGCUGGAGGAGCGUCUCGGCCGCCAGCAGGCGUCGCUGGAGCUGAGGCAGAAGGCCAGGCAGGACGCCGAGGAGAUCAAGACCUGGCUGACGGACAGAGAGCGAAGCCUGAAGCAGGGCCAGACCGCCUCCCCUUCCAGACCGGAGGUGGUGCGCGCUCAGGCCCAGGAGAACAAGGCCCUGCUGUCAGAGCUGGCCGAGUACUCAGGGAAGGUGGAGGAGCUGAAGAACACGCUGAGGAAACUGAUCGCCGACAACCCCGAUUCUCCAGAGGCAGACGCAUGGAGACAACAGCUGCAAGAGAUAGACUCCCGCUGGCAAACGGCCAAUCAGACGGCAGCGCAGAGACAGACAGAGCUGGAGACGUGCGCCGACCGACUGGGCAGCUUUGCCUCGGCGGCGAGUCAGCUCGGUCCGUGGCUGAGGGAGAAGGAGCUGAUGAUGAGCGUCCUCGGGCCCCUGAGCAUCGACCCCAACAUGCUCAACACGCAGAAACAACAAGCCCAGUUCAUGCUGCGUGAGUUCGAGACCCGGCGGCCCCAGUUUGACCAGUUGACCCAGUCUGCCGAGGGCAUCCUCUCCCAGACUGGCGACUCCUCUCAGGACCCUAAGGACUUGGCGGAGGUGAGGGCUGAACUGGGCUCCAUCACCCAGCAGUGGGAGGACCUGACAAACAGACUGACCCAGAGGUCAAACCACAUCGACCAGGCCCAAGGAACCAGCGAACGCUACCAGGCCCUGCUCAGAGAGCUCUCCUCCAGUGUUUCCUCUCUGGGUGAGCGGCUAGAUGCCCAGGCGUCUCUGAGCGCUCAGCCCGAGGCGCUGAAACGCCGCCUGCAGGAAACGGGAGAGAUCCGCUCGGAGCUGGAGAGGAGGCGGACGGAGCUCGCCGAGGCCGAGAGGCUCUGCCAGGAGCUGAGCGCCAUCGUGGCUGAACCCUACCUGAAGGAAGAGCUGAGUAAGCGGCUGGAGAGUGUCAGCGGGCCGCUCAAGAAUCUAGAGGAGCGAGCAGCUGACGGCCUGUCCCAGCUCCAGGCCGCCCUGUCGUCCACCCAGCAGUUCCAGCAGAUGUUUGAGGAGCUGCGCUCCUGGCUCGACCGGCAGACGGAUCCCAGAGAGUCGCCGGCCGAGUCGCUGCCCUGUCAGCCGGAGGCCGUCCGCUCCCUGCUGGCGCAAACGGACGAGGUCCAGCGCGGGAUCGCCAGCCAGCGGGGCUCCUACGAGCUGAUUCAGGCCGAGGGGGCGUCGCUGCUCGCCUCGCUCCCGGCGGGAGGGGACGAGCGCUCGGCCCUGCAGUCCCGCCUGGCCUCGCUGAGGCAGGACUGGGAGGGGCUGAACCAGAGGGUCUCGGAGCGCGAGGCCAGGCUGAAGACCACUCUGAGCAAAGCAGAGACGUACCGGCAGCACAAGGCCGAGCUGAUACCGUGGCUGGCGGAGUGUGAAGGGAAAGAUGGGGAGAUCCAGCCUUCGCUGGAUUCGUCCGCCCUGGAUGAAGCCCUGCAGAAGGUCAGAGGUCUGUCGCUGGACCUCGAGAGGCGCCAACCCCUCCUCGAGGCUUUUAACACGGCGGCCGAUCAGCUGCUGGAGCAGUGCUGCAUGGGGGAGGAAGAGGUGCGAGAUGAGAAGGCCCAGCUGAACCGCAGAGUGGACGGACUGGCCGAGAAACUCAAUAACCGCGCCUCCCAGCUGGAGGAGCUGAGCAGCCGCCUGAAGGAGUUUGAAGAAGGCAGACAGGCUGUGGAGCGGAGGCUGGAGGCUGCAAAGCACCAGAUAGAAGUUCAGGAGGCUCUAGGACCUCAGGCCUGCAGCGCUAAAAGCCUGGAGAGGUUGAGAAGUCAGCAGGAGAGUCUGAGGUCCCUGCAGCCUCAGGUGGUCUACCUGAAAGACCUAGCCCAGGGGCUGGUGCAGGACGCACCCCAGACACCAGGGGGCAGCACAGAGGGAGCACAGAGGCUCCAGGACCAGGCCAAAGACACAGAGAAAGAGUAUGACGGCGUUACUGACAAGAUCGAGCAUUGCUGCUCCUCCCUGGAGUCUCGGCUACAGGGCGUCGGUGAGGUCCAGUCUCACGUGCGGGACGUCUUCUCGCGUCUCGCCGACCUCGACGACGAACUGGACUCCCUCAGUCCCGUCGGACGCGACGCAGACUCCCUGGCCUCCCAGGCCGAUGCCCUGAAGGGCUUCCUCUCCCGUCUGUCCAACCUCAGGACGGAGCUGGAGGGCCAUGCCUCAGAGUGCAGCACCAUGCUGCGGCGAGAAGGCUCCUCACCCGACCUCCUGGCUCUCAGGAGGGAGACGGAGGCUUUGAGCCGCCAGGCCGGCAAGCUGAGUGAGCGCGGCCAGGCCAGGCUGGACCAGAUCGAGGAUGCCGCAGGCAGGGUUGGAGACUUCUACCGGCUUGUGGCCGAGCUGCAAGGCCUGCUGGGAAGGGCCGAGGAUGGGCUGAACGCGCAGAGCGUGGUCGGCACGGAGGUGGAGACGAUCAAGCAGCAGCUGCAGGAGUUCAAGGCUGUGGAGAGGGAGCAGGUGGACAGCAUUCAGCCGAAGCUGCAGCACAUCAACGCCGUGGGUCAGGGUCUGAUCCAGAGCGCCGCCAAACACACCGACACCCAGGCGCUGGAGCACGACCUGGACACCACCAACCUGAGAUGGAACUCACUCAACAAGCGGGUUGCAGAGCGGAUCGCCCAGCUGCAGGAGGCCCUGUUGCAUUGUGGGAAAUUCCAGGACGCCCUGGAGCCGCUGCUCAGCUGGCUGAGCGACACCGAGGAGCUGGUGGCCAAUCAGAAGCCUCCGUCUGCAGAGUACCGCGUGGUCAAGGCCCAGAUCCAAGAGCAAAAGCUGCUCCAGAGGUUAUUGGACGACCGCAGGCCGACGGUGGAGAUGAUCCGCGCUGAAGGAGCGAGGAUCGCGGCCACGGCGGAAACCCAGGACCGAGAGAAGAUCCAGACGCAGCUCCAGAGUCUGGCAGAGAGGUGGUCUGAGCUACUGGACAAGGCCAGCGGCAGGCAGAGGCAGUUGGAGGAGCUGCAGGUUUUGGCUCUUCAGUUCCACGAAGCCCUGGAGCCGCUGGGAGAAUGGCUGAGUGCCACCGAGAGACGCCUGAGCUCCGCUGAGCCUAUGGGAACCCAGACGGCCAAGAUCAGCCAGCAGAUCACCAAGCACAAGGCGUUUCAAGACGACGUGUCCUCCCGAGAAGCCGAGGUCGACCGCCUCGAGUCCCUCAGCCAAUCGCUGGCCCCGCUCAGCUGCGCAGCCGAUCGCGAUUGGUUGAAGGAGCGCGUGGGCGCGGUGCGGUCGGGCCACUCGGAGCUGGCCGACUGGUGCUCGAGGCGGGCCGGCCUGCUGGAGCAGGCGCUGGCCAACGCUCAGCUGUUCGGGGAAGACGAGGUAGAGGUGCUGAACUGGCUGGCGGAGGUGGCUCAGAGACUGAACCAGGUCUCCGUCCAGAGCUACCAGCCACAGCUACUGGCCGAGCAGCACAAACACACUCUGUCUCUAAAUGAAGAGAUCUUGAGCAGGAAGAAAACCGUGGACCAGGCCAUCAAGAACGGACAAGCUUUACUCAAACAGACCACAGGUGAGGAAGUUCUCCUGAUCCAAGAGAAGCUGGACGGCAUCAAGUCGCGAUACGCCGAGAUGACGGCCGGCAGCAGCAAGGCCCUCCGCACCCUGGAGCAGGCCCUGCAGCUGGCCACGCGCUUCGCCAGCGCCCACGACGACCUCAACCAGUGGCUGGACGGCGUGGAGGCGGAGCUUAACAACGUGGAGCCUGACGCCACGCCGGCCUACCAGGAAAGACAGAAGGAGCUGAAGAAAGUGUCGGCGGAGAAGCGCCUGGUGUUGGACACGGUGAACGAGGUGGGCAGCGCUCUGCUGGAUCUGGUGCCAUGGAGGGCCCGCGAAGGCCUGGACCGCCUGGUUGCCGACGGCAACCAACGCUACCGACAGGCCGACGAGACCAUCACUCAGCGGGUGCAGCUGGUGCAAGCCGCCAUCCAGAGGUCGCAGCAGUAUGAGGAGGCCGUGGACGCGGAGCUGGCCUGGGUUGGGGAGACAGAGCGUAAGCUGGCUUCUCUGGGGCCCCUGAGCCUGGAGCCUGACGUGACCGUGGCCCAGCUGCAGGUCCAGAGAGCGUUCAACAUCGACAUCAUCCGGCACAAAGACACCGUGGAUCAGCUCCUCAACACCAGAGACGACAUCCUGGAAACCUGCAGCGACGCCCAGAGGGACGCUCUGAUGGUGAAGACGGAUUCUCUGAGUGCUCGCUAUGACACCGUGAGCCAGAGCCACAGCGAGCGGUUCUCCGCUCUGGAGCAGGCCCAGGUUCUGGUGGCUCGGUUCUGGGAGACCUACGAGGAACUGGAUCCGUGGCUGGGCGAGACGGAGACCCUCAUCACCCAGCUGCCGCCACCGGCCAUCGACACAGACGCUCUCCGUCUGCAGCAGGACCAGAUGAGGCUGCUCAGAGAGUCCAUCGCGGAGCACAAGCCCCACAUCGACAAGCUCCUGAAGAUCGGACCCCAGCUGGCCGAGCUCAGCCUCCAGGAGGGGGCGACGGUGACGCAGCGCUACACCGACGCCGAGCGACGCUACCUGGCCAUCAAGGAGGAGGUCAAAGGUCGCGCCACGUCACUGGACGAGGCCGUGUCCCAGUCUGCACAGCUGGUAGAGUUCCACGACAAGAUGGACCCGCUGUUGGAGACUCUGGAGGGGGCGGUGCAGCGGCUGCGGCAGCCUCCCCCAGUGGCCGCAGAGGUGGAGAAGAUCAGGGAGCAGCUGGCAGAGCACCGAACCCAAGGGCUGGAGCUGGACAAACUGCUGCCAAGCUUCUCUGCCCUCUGCGCCCGCGGAGAGGAGCUCAUCGGCCGAGCUGCUCACGACGAUCCUGCAGCUCAGGCUGUUCGCACCCGUCUCCUUCGCCUCCGCUCGCUGUGGGAUGAGAUCCGGCAGCGAGCCGAAGAGCGAGAGGGGAAGCUCAACGACGUCCUGGACCUGGCUGGAAAGUUCUGGGCCGACGUGGCGGCGCUGCUGAGCACGCUGCGAGACUCCCAGGACAUCGUGAAAGAGCUGGAGGACCCAGGGGUCGACCCGUCGCUCAUCAAACAACAGAUCGAGGCCGCUGAGGCCAUCAAGGCAGAGACGGACGGGCUGAGGGAGGAGCUGGAGUUUGUCAGGACCCUCGGAGCUGACCUGAUCUUUGCCUGUGGGGAAACUGAGAAGCCUGAAGUCAAGAAGACCAUAGAUGAGAUGAACGCAGCCUGGGAGGGACUGAACCGAACAUGGAGGGAGAGGAUGGAGAGGCUGGAGGAGGCCAUGACAGCCUCUGUCCAGUACCAGGAUGCUCUGCAGUCUAUGUUCGACUACCUGGACAACGCAGUGAUCAAACUCUGUGAGAUGUCCACAGUGGGAACUGACCUGGGAACAGUCAAGCAGCAGAUUGAAGAGCUCAAGCAGUACAAGGUGGAGGUUUACCAGCAGCAGAUCGACAUGGAGAAGCUCUGCCACCAGGGGGAGCUGCUGUUAAAGAAAGUGUCGGACCAGACGGACCGGGACAUGAUCCAGGAGCCGCUGACCGAACUCCGGCACCUCUGGGAGAACCUGGGGGAUAAAAUCACCCAGAGACAGCACAAACUGGAGGGAGCCCUGCUGGCCCUGGGUCAGUUCCAGCACGCCCUCUCUGAGCUGCAGGCCUGGCUGAGCCACACCCACACCACCCUGGACACUCAGCGACCCGUCAGCUCGGACCCCAAGGCCAUCGAAAUCGAGCUGGCAAAACACCACGUUUUGCGUAACGAUGUCCUCUCCCAUCACGCCACGGUGGAGACGGUGAACGGCGCUGGUGCGGAGCUGCUGGAGUCCUCCCCCGGAGACGAGGCCAGCCACCUGAGGGACCAGCUGGACCAGCUCAACCAGAGCUGGGAGAGUCUGCUCCUCAAGACCCAGGAGAGGCAGAAGCUCCUGGAGGCGGCGCUGCAGCAGGCUGAAGGUUUCCAUGGCGAGCUGGAGGAGUUCCUCCAGUGGCUGAGGAGGACGGAGAGUCAGCUGUCGGCCGCUAAGCCAACAGGUGGCCUCCCUGAAACGGCCAGGGAGCAGCUCCAGCAGCACAUGGAGCUUCAGGCUCAGCUGAGUCAGCGAGGCGAGCAGUACCACCACCUCCUGGACCAGGGAGAGUCCAUGCUGCUGGCCCGUGGGGGAGAGGAAGCAGGACCCGGAGCCACCCAGACCCAGCAGAACCUGGCCAUGCUGCAGAACAAGUGGGUCAGCCUCAACACCAAGAUGGACGACCGCAGGGCAAAGCUGGAAGAGGCAGUUUCCUUGGCGACCGGUUUUCAGACUUCGCUGCAGGACACCAUCAACUGGCUGACCCAGGCUGAACAAACCCUCAACAUGGCUCAGCCCCCCAGCCUCAUGCUGGACACUGUCCUCUUCCAGAUCGAUGAGCACAAGGUGUUUGUGAACGAGGUGAACACCCACAGGGAGCAGGUCCUGGCUCUGGAGAAGGCCGGUUCUCAGCUUCGCUUCGCCAGCCUGAAGCAGGACGUGGUCCUCAUCAAGAACCUGCUGCUCAGCGUCCAGGCCCGCUGGGACAAGCUGGUCCAGAGGUCACUGGACCGCGGCCGUCACCUCGACGAGGCCCGCAAACGAGCCAAGCAGUUCCACGAGGCCUGGAGGAAGCUGACAGACUGGCUGGAAGAAGCCGAGAAGAGACUGGACUCAGAGCUGGAGAUCUCCAAUGAACCAGACAAGAUCAAAAUACAACUGACCAAACACAAGGAGUUCCAGAAAGCGCUGGGAUCCAAACAGCCGGUUUACGACACCACGGUGAGGUCUGGGAAGGCCAUGAGGGACAAAGCUCAGCUGCCGGCAGACACCCAGAAACUGGACCACCUGGUUGGAGAAGUCCGCGACAAGUGGGACACCGUCUGUGGGAAGAGUGUGGAGAGACAACACAAGCUGGAGGAGGCUCUGCUGUUCUCAGGCCAGUUUGCUGAGGCUCUUCAGGCUUUGGUGGACUGGUUGUACCGAGUGGAGCCUCAGCUCGCUGAAGACCAGCCCGUCCAUGGAGACCUGGAUCUGGUGUCUAAUCUCAUGGACUCGCAUAAGUCUUUCCAAAAAGAACUGGGUAAGAGAACAGGCAGCGUUCAGGCUCUGAAGCGUUCGGCUCGGGAUCUGAUGGAGACCGGCCGCGACGACACGGCGUGGGUCAAAGUUCAGCUGCAGGAGCUCAGCAACCGCUGGGAUACGGUGUGCGCUCUGUCGGUCACCAAGCAGACCCGCCUCCAGCAGGCCCUCAAACAGGCGGAGGAGUUUCGGACGGCGGUGCAGGUGCUGCUGGAGUGGCUGUCGGAGGCCGAGCAGACGCUUCGUUUCCGUGGCGUCCUGCCCGAGGAGGCGGAGACUCUGCAGGCGCUGCUGCACACGCAUCGAGACUUCAUGGGCACGGUGGAGGAGAAGAGGGCCGACGUGAACAAGGCGGCCGGCAUGGGAGAGGGCAUCCUGACCGUGUGUCACCCCGACUCCAUCACCACAAUCAAACACUGGAUCACCAUCAUCAGGGCGCGCUUCGAGGAGGUGCUGACUUGGGCCAAGCAGCACGAGCAGCGUCUGGAGACGGCUCUGAACGAGGUGCUCAACAACGCCAACCUGCUGGAGGAGCUGUUGUCAUGGUUACAGUGGGCCGAGACAACUCUGGUGCAGAGGGACACGGAGCCGCUUCCUCAGGACAUCCCGCAACUCAAAACACUCAUCACGGAACACCAGAUGUUUAUGGAGGAGAUGACGAGGAAGCAGCCGGACGUCGACAAAGUGACAAAGACGUACAAGAGGAAACCGGCGGAGCCUCCGAGCAGCCUGGCUGAGAGGAGAGGAGCUCGUAAACACCAGCAGCAACAGCAGCAGCAGCAGCAGCAGCAUCAGGCGGCCAUGCAGGUCCCUGGAGGAAACCCCCGUCUCACCCAGCUCUGUGCCCGGUGGCAGCAGGUUUGGCUUCUGGCUCUGGACCGGCAGCGGAAACUCAACGACGCUCUGGACAGACUGGAGGAGCUCAAGGAGUUCGCCAACUUUGACUUUGACGUGUGGAGGAAGAAGUACAUGCGCUGGAUGAACCACAAGAAGUCCCGCGUCAUGGAUUUCUUCAGACGCAUCGACAAGGAUCAAGACGGAAAGAUCACGCGGCAGGAGUUCAUCGACGGCAUCCUAGCUUCAAAAUUCCCAACCAGUAAGCUGGAGAUGACGGCCGUGGCAGACAUCUUCGACCGGGACGGGGACGGUUACAUCGACUACUACGAGUUUGUCGCUGCCCUGCAUCCAAACAAGGACGCGUACAGACCGACCACGGACGCCGACAAGAUAGAGGACGAGGUGACUCGACAGGUGGCGCAGUGUAAAUGUGCCAAGAGGUUCCAGGUGGAGCAGAUAGGAGAAAACAAAUACCGGUUCUUCCUCGGAAACCAGUUCGGAGACUCUCAGCAGCUGCGUCUGGUCCGGAUCCUGCGCAGCACGGUGAUGGUGAGAGUCGGAGGAGGCUGGAUGGCUCUAGACGAGUUCCUGGUGAAGAAUGAUCCGUGCAGAGUGCAACAUCCAGGACUUAAGAUUCUCCGCUCCGAUUCCAGUAGCUCCAUCUCAUCUCGUAUAGUGACAGUCACUCCUGGCUAUUUCUGCUGCCGAGCUCGUGGUCGCACCAACCUGGAGCUGAGGGAGAAGUUCAUCCUUCCUGAAGGAGCGUCUCAGGGUCUGGCCGCCUUCCGGUCCCGGGGCCGGCGCUCCAAACCGGGCUCCCGCAACGCCUCGCCCACCCGCUCCUCCUCCUCGGCCUCCCACAGCGGCGCCUCCCUCCCCUCGGCUCCCUCCGCCCCUGCCACACCAACCGCCUCCGCAUCGUCCAGGUCCUCCCAUACUCACUCGCGUGACUAUGCCAAGCCCUGGCUGGCGCACAGUAAAACUCCAACGCCAACCAAGUGCCAGUGCUGCCCAGAUCUCGGUCACAGCCACACCACCCCUGGGCACGAGGGGGCGCCGUCUGGGUCCAAACUGAAGAGGCCGACCUUCCACUCGAGCCGAGGCUCGCUGACGGGAGAGAACGGCGGGACGACGCACACCAGCAAACCAUCACGGACCGAUCCGAAGCGAGGGGCGUCCACGGCCAGCGGUCCGACCAGCCGAGCCGGCAGCCGGGCCGGCAGCAGGGCCAGCAGUCGCCGUGGCAGCGACGCCUCGGACGCAUCGGAGCUCCAGGACGCCCGCUCCGUCUGCUCCGACACCUCAGACACCCCGAGACGACCCGGCGGGGGGGCCAAACCCUCCAAGAUCCCCACCAUCUCGAAAAAGGCCCCCAGCCCCAAGACCCCGGGCUCCGCAAAGAAAUAGGCGCCUCAGAGGAACCGGAGCAGCACCAUUACUCCUCCACUCUGGCAGAGGGCGGGGCCGCUGUCGUCGGCCAUCUUGGGUGUACCAGCAUCCGUCUAUAGGGCUUGUCUACUAUGAGUGCACUAUGACUGACAUAUGACGGGGGAAAGAAGGAGGUGGACAAGUUGAAUGAGUCCUUCUCACUCUUUCCCCAGUCUCUUAAAAAGACUGAAACAUGCACAAGAGGAAGAAGAAGAAGAAGAGUUCUUACUGCGGGGUCAACGCCGACUCUUCCCCUUUAAGAAGCGACCCCUAGUUUGCCUUCCAGUGUCCUGCUUCUUCUUUCAAACGUUCCCCACCAGCGUGGAACCAAAACCGACCUGAUGAGAUGCUGCCUUACUUUGUGUUACACACUUCUGUCGUGAUCAGAGAAACAGGAAGUCUUGAAACCGCUUUGUACCACACUGACACACAAACACAUCUGAACACAGAGGCGGUGCAGGGAGUGGGACACGCCACCACCACCUCCACCACCACCACCACCACGGCUACAAAAACAAAAAAAAAAGAAAAAAGAAAGAAUUGUGGGUAAUUAUUUUGGCUUGUGGGCCAGAUGCCUCAACGAUGAGUUAAAAAAGAAAUAUGCAACGACUGCCAUGUCGCUUCCCGUGGACUUGUUGGCGAGGAAAAGAGUCGCCUCAGCAGAUCUGCAGAGACGGACACCGCAUGUGGGAAGCGCCGAAACCUCAGACUCGGAGGAUCGGUGGUGGUCACGGUGGCGGUGCUGCUGCAGCCGAGGGCAAACACUCACACACUCAAACACCGCAGAGCAGACUCCUCCCGACCGCUGGAACGUCCAGGCCGGCCUCGUGUGUGCAUUUCAACAAAGGGCGGUGCGGUUUUGUCACAUGCCGACGUAACAAUCCCGACACAGAAAUUACAAACUGGCAAUAGAUGCGAACUAUUUUUAUGGUGACGCACUCGACUAACAGCACAUUACUGACAAUAUGCGACAUGUGUAACCUAACCCGAUGUUAAUGGUCGCAGAGUUCGACAACCAGCAUGCACUAAUUGUCUCUUCCCUCUGCAGUUCCACCUUAACGUCUACACUGUGUUGCCCUUAGCAACCCAGCAGCACACACACACACACACACCUUCUCACACCUACACACAUAUACACACACACGUUAAGAAGGGGUGUGUGUGUAUUUGUGCGCGCGCCAUGUGUGUCUUUGUUACAGGAAUUAACUAGAGGUCAUUGACUUGAGUCACUGUAUGCAAAAUUUUAAUUUGCGAAUGUCCUUUUGUUUUUCCUUCUCGUUUGUUUUCUGGUUAAUUUAUAAUCCAGCUGUACUGUUGUUAUCUAGCUUGAAAGAAAGAUCUAUUUAUUUUUCAGUUUCAUGUCAUAUCACCGUUCGCAAAGAGUGAUUUAGUAUUAUGGUUAAAGAAAUUGUGAUUUUUAUUAUUAUUAUUUUUUUUUUUUGUACUGAGAACAUGUCCACUUCGCUCUUUUGACAUGGUUUGUGUGUAAAGUGUGUUUCUACUCCUCCAUUGUAACAUUAUUCACUAGGUCACUGGUUCCAGUGGCAGCCUUGUCUGUUUCAGUUUUCUUUAUUGCUAAUAACGACAGUUUCCUGACCAUGACCAAAGGGGUUUGCCCUUCAUGUGUAGAGAGAACUACAAAUAUGAAUGACAGGGGGACCUGGGUGGAGGGGACCAAUGAGAGAGGGUUUCCUGUCUCUUGUCCCUCCCCAGCGUCUCUUCUUCUAGGCUUUUUUUUUUUUCUUUUCUUUUCAAAUGUCCCGUCGCUGGCGGGGUCCGAGUUUGUCUCUGUGUUAUCUCCGUGUAAGAGAUAUGAAGUUUAUGAAAUUACAGUAAGAAAGAAGACAUCUUAAGGUGAUUUUUAUUUAUUUAUUUGUCUCUCUCUGAUUGGGUGGGAGGGUUGGGGAGGGGGAGGGGGCGCAGAAGACUCGUCCGCCACCUUUUUGAUGCUGUGCUUCUCAUCACCGUGACGACGAGAACACGGAGGGAUGGACGCUUGUUACUAGGAGGCAACAAUUGUGUAAAAGUAAAAACUAAAAUUAUAAACAAUUUUUUUGUUCUGUUUUUGUAUUAAAAAAUAUGCUUGCAGUAAA